AUAGAAUGUCUGCCCUGGAUCAGAGAAACGACAUAAUAAUCGAAUGUGUUCCCGAUUUGGUCAGACAGUUGACGGGAUUCGAUGAAGAUGACAUCAAUACCGAACACUGUAUUCAUUUUGCUUGGAAUAUCAUAAGGAAUCAUAGAAAUUUGAGCACGAACAGCCAUGAUGUGCGGCGCAAAAUCGAAGGAAUUCAAGAGAGAUUCUGUGUUGAUAAUAGUCCAGAAUAUGCCGAAUAUUUGGGACGCUUAUGCGAUGAGGUUGUGAAGCAUCCACUGUGUGUAGAUCACUACGAAGUGGAUGUGCACUGGUCAUUGUUGGAUUUUCUAUUCGCUUUGGCUUAUAAUCCCACGGGAGCUUUAAAGAAGAACAAACAUAAAAUAGAAAUCGCACCAGUUGUAAACGAAAAUGUUGGUGUAAAAGAUGCGGAAAAGGCAUACUGGUUAAAUGUCCUUAGGGAAGAUUUUAUUGCUAUACCAAAGUAUGAAGAUAACGAGUCCGAUUUGAGUGAUUGGACCGAUAAUGAGGAUGAUGAUGAAAGCAGCGAAAAUGCGACAGUAAAUUGUACAAACAAUGUUGAGGAUCGCUCUAUAGACGAGGGAAAAUGUAUAGUCUCUGUUCAUCCUUCAGUAUUAAGUGCACUCAAACCACCACAGAAGUCAGUGCCAUACACUCUAUUUGAUACUAGCAAGCCAGAAAAAAGACUUUGUGAAACCAUACAACAUUCUUGGUGGAAUACCGAUAAGGACAUACAUCUCAAUGCUGUGGUGGAAAGUGACCAUAUUAUGGCUAAUUUCUCACUAGACUAUAGCCGAUAUCUUAGCGAUACAUCAAACAAUCUAAUACGAUUCGAAGAGCCCAAGACUAUAGCGGAGCAACACUUAUUGCGUGAAAUUCUUUGGAUGUUCCAAAGACCUACCAACUGUGCCGUUUUUCAAUUGGAAGGAGAACAGUUGAAAAUCAGACCAAACGUGACCAUACCCAGUUGUGGAGUGAAUGCCUUGCAAAGCUAUUUGGAGGACCAAUAUAUGCCCUAUAUAAAAAUGAUGAACGUCCUAAGGCAAUUCCAUAGAGCCAUAUAUAGCUAUGAGGAUAGCUUACCUCCCCGCACAUUGGAGUGUUAUGCCGCCAAUAUUCAUUUACAUUUGAGCCCUGUAUGGCAUUCAAUUCUGGAAUUUGAAAGACGUUUAAUUAAUCCCAAAGAUUUUGAGAUAAAUACCUUGAUUACCAUGCGCUCCUACUUGGAUGAAGCAUUACGCCAAUUAGAGUCACUGUAUGAAAUUCAUGAGAAAGUAUUUUUGGAUUGGCGUCAGCAUCCGGCUCACAUUACUAGUGCUUUUCUACUGGCAAGUUUGAUGAACUCGUAUCAAAAAGAAAGCAAUGUGGCCAAAGGAAAUUUGUUUAUGUCGCUGCUCUUGGCCAGCAUUAAGGUAUUCUGCGAGAUUAUCGAUACAUGGUGGACAGAUGGCAGGCUAGAUGAUUGGCAACAAGAAUACAUUGUGGAAAGAGCCAACAAUAAUGAUCAAUCUGUAUGUAUGCGGGAAUAUCAUAAAAAUAAAAGCAGGGCUUUUUUUGUACCCACCCAUGUAAGCCAGGUGAUCGAAGAGAACAGCCUUUUUCAAUUGAUGCGCGAACAUUCUCUAGAAGCUGGCCGAACCUUAAAUCUUCUCUAUGAAAUUAAUCGCAUUGGUGAUUUGCGUAAGGAUUGUGCUGCAAUGGGUGGCAAACUUUAUAAUGUGUUCAUAGGAGAUUUUCUGAAGCAAGUGGAUAUCUUACAAAACGAGGUCGCACAAGUCUCUGGUGGAGACUCCGAUAAUAGUGUGGUGGAAGUGGAGCCCAAUGAUAGUGGAUUUUUCAACGACAUAGCUGUUAAGGCGGGCAGUGAGAAAAACAAUUCAAAUUCCAUUCUUAACUGCUUAACAACAAAUGACAGCCAUCUUUUGAUGGCAUUUGCCAUGAAUACCAGCGAAGAAGAUCUAUCCAUUACUGAUCAGGAAAAAGAAACUAUCUCUCAGAAAACAACUGAUGCUACUACCAUUUAUGAGUCAUUACAGAAAAGGGAUUGCAGCAAAAAUUUGCCUUUGGAGGAAUUAUUGAUAACAUCAUUGACACACAUAUUCAGAAUGCGUAUUGCCUUUGCAAAUAGUUUUGUUCUCAAGCUGUAUCGUGAGGAAUUUAUGAUUUUGAAGCAUUUGAGAAAUAUACGUAAAGUUAUGUUACUGGAGGCCAGUGAUGUCAUGCAUAUAUUCUACACCAAGUUAUUCGCCCAGAUUGAAUCUGGCGAAUCCUGGGCCAAUCGUUCCUUACUAACCAUGCAUUUGGACGAUAUUAUUUGCUCCAAAUUUCCCGAUAUGUCUAUGCUUUUCUGUGUGGAAGUAAAUUCAGCUUACCGCUGCCAAACCACCAAAGUUGUGGAGGCCGUGGAAGAGCUAGUUCUUUCGUAUAACUUUAGCCGUGAACUUGCCCACAUCAUCUCCACGGAGGAUAUUGAAGCCUACAACAAAGUGUUCUGUUUUCUGCUCAAAGUAAAAUGGGGCAUAACAACUCUGGAGAAUUUGCGUUUUGCCCGUUCACAUAAACGCCGCAUACCAUAUGCCCAGUUUGAAAUGAUCGACUUGAUAAUGCGACGUUUGGAACAGUUGCGUUUUUGGAUGAUGUAUGCCAUACAAAGUGUACAUUUCCAUUUGAUGACCCAUGUAUUGCAAUCAAUGGGCGAACAAUUGGAUGAGAAAAUCGAAAAUUGUGAGAAUCUCAAAGAAAUGGAAAUGGUGCACAAAUCAUAUUUGAGCACAGUGUGCGAGCAUUGUUUUUUGGUGGAUAGUGUAAACACCAUUAAAUUGGGAGUGGAACAGCUUUUAAGUUUAGUUUCUAUACUACGUGCCGAAUGGUUGAGUUGCGUUAAAUACAUUGAAACUAACAACCCUCUGGCCAUAUCGCUGGACGAUAGUUCCGUUGACGAUGAAGAUAUGGAUAAUGAUUUCGUUACCAACUCCCAAAUCGAUGCCAUGGAGUAUACCUACAUUUGUUGCCAUCAAUAUUUGGCCAAUAUUUUGAAUGAUCAAGUAUACUUGAAGAAAAAUACUUUUUUGUCUGGCUUAAGAGCGGCCUUCAAUACCAGCUUGCCACAUUAAGAGUAAUUUUUAAGUGUUCAUUUUUUUAUACCGUCAUUUUUGUUAAAUAAAAAAACAUUUCAUUAA